CAGCCAUGCGCAGCGCGCAGCCAUUAAGAUCCAUACCACGGAGGAUCCGUACGUUUUCACCGACAUUCGUAAAUCUUACUAUUCGCUCAACGUGCGCGGACCAAUUAGUUAAACAAACAGUGGCAAAUCUGACUGUAUUGACCGCUGAAAAGCGGCAGGAGCCAAUAUAAAAAUAAGAAGAAGAAGAAGUAAAUCUUAACCUAACCUAUAUACUUUGAAAAUUACACAAUUGUAUAUACGAAGGUGAAGCAACGUUGUGCUAUAUUGCUCCGGAGCGGAGCUGAAGGCACUAAUUUUCCCUCACCCGAGGGAAUCAACAAAAAAAAGAAAACACACAAUUGUAUAAGUGUUCACUUUGUGUUGUUUAUUUAAUGGUCGUCAAUAUUAUUAAUUAAUGAAAAAUGUCAAAAAGAGGACCAUAUAAAAGAUAUUUAGAACCUGGAAGUACGAGAGACAUUCCGCGAUCUACCGUAAAGCGAAGAAAGAAAGUUGAUCUUUCUGACUUGGACGCAUUGCAAACAAAUAACUCACAGAAUAAUCAACAAAUAUCAACGUUUGAUCACGAUUUAUGUACACUUGAAGAGUCUUCUAAUAAUGAAAUCAAUGAACCUAGUUCUUUAAGAGUAUACGAAGAAUCUGUAUUCCAAGAUGCCGAUAAUGAUAACAAUAAUGAGGUUAUCGAAGAAAAUGUUGAUGAUACAAUCUAUUUUGAAACUAAUCUAGACGAAGUUGUAGAUGAUACAAGUGAUUCUGAAAUAACCAAUUUAUCUGAUACUGACAUUGAUGAUGAAAGGGAAAAUUCAAAUCAAAGUGAAGAAAAUGUGGGACAUGAAUAUCCAUUCUUAGAAGAACAGUUGAGUGCAUCUUCAACUACAUCUAAAGGCGACGUUUUAUUGAUGACUUUAGCAAUAGGACUGCGCCAUUCUUUACCGUGGAUAGCGAUCACAGAUAUAUUAAAAAUGAUAAACGUAAUAUUUG